AAAGCCGUUUUGCGGCUGCGCAGUGGGAUUGCUGUAGUGUCACGUCGCCAUGGCGAGCCGAAAAGCUUCGCAGCCUAACAGAGAGACCGCAGACAAGUACUCCGUCCUGUUGCCCACAUACAACGAGAGAGAAAACCUCCCUCUGAUCGUGUGGCUCCUGGUGAAAUACUUCGGAGAAAGUGGCUACAACUAUGAGAUCAUCGUUAUUGACGACGGAAGCCCAGAUGGGACACUGGAGGUGGCCGAGCAGCUGCAGAAAAUUUAUGGCGGCGAUAGAAUACUGCUGCGACCGAGAGCGAAGAAACUAGGUCUCGGCACCGCCUACAUCCAUGGCAUGAAGCAUGCUACUGGGAACUUCAUCAUCAUUAUGGAUGCAGAUCUUUCCCACCAUCCCAAGUUUAUCCCUCAGUUUAUUGAGAAGCAAAAGGAGGGGGAUUAUGAUCUAGUGUCCGGCACGCGAUACCAGGGGAGCGGAGGCGUUUACGGCUGGGACCUGCGCAGGAAACUCAUCAGUCGAGGGGCCAACUUCUUGACGCAGGUGUUGUUGAGACCCGGCGCUUCAGACCUCACAGGAAGCUUCAGGUUAUACAAGAAAAAGGUUUUGGAGAGUCUGGUGGAACGGUGUGUGUCCAAAGGCUACGUCUUUCAGAUGGAGAUGAUCGUCCGAGCCAGACAGCUCAACUACACAAUCGGAGAGGUGCCCAUUUCCUUUGUGGAUCGAGUUUACGGAGAGUCCAAACUCGGAGGGAAUGAAAUAAUUUCAUUUGUGAAAGGACUGCUUACACUCUUCGCCACGACGUGAUCGGCGCCGUGUCCCCCCCGCAGACGCUUUCUCCACGUUGCCGUGGUUACACAGUGACAUGACGACAAACGAGAAAGCAGAUGUCUGUCCAUGUUAGGCAUUUGAUUCAAGAUGUUGUCCUGUGUAGCCCUAAGAACAGCGAAGGAAGACAAAGCUUUACAUUCCCAUCAUCCCUUGGAGUCUGCACCGGCCUCUCCUCAUUCCCGUCUCUGAAUGUGUACGAUGCUUACAUGAACAGGUUCACUGAUUGGGUAUUGUUUGUAUAAAAUUAAACGUUUAUAUCCCUGCCACUG